GAGUGGCAGCGCCGAGCGGGGCCGCGCGGCGGGGCGCGGGUAGCGGCAGCAGAGCAGGAGCAACAUGGCGCCGGUGGGCGGGGGCGGACGCAGGGGCGGCGGGCCGGUCCGAGGGCGCCUCCUCCUGGCCGCGUUGGUGCUGCUGUGGACGCGGGGGGCCCGGGGCAAGAGCAGCCCCCAGCAGAGCGUGAUCCUGGGCAUGAGGCUGGCGAGCUGCAACAAGUCGUGUGGAAUGAACCCGGAUGGCAUCAUCUUCGUGUCCGAGGGCAGCACCGUGAACUUGAGGCUUUAUGGUCACAGCCUGGGCGAGAUCUCCAGCAACCUGAUCUCCUUCACCGAGGUGGACAACGCCGAGUCGGUCCACAACUCCACCAACUGCCUGGAGCUCACCAAGGACUUGGUCGUCCAGCAGCUGGUGAACGUGAGCCGCGGGAACACGUCCGGGAUGCUAGUGGUGCUUACCAAGUUCCUUCGGAGGAGCGAGAACAUGAAGCUGUACGCGCUGUGCACCCGGGCCCGGGCGGACGGGCCCUGGCUCAAGUGGCCCGACAAGGACUCCCUGCUCUUCAUGGUGGAGGAUCAUGGAAGGUUCCUACCCCUCUGGCUGCACAUUCUUUUGCUUUUGGUGCUGCUUGUACUGUCGGGCAUAUUUUCUGGCCUCAACCUGGGACUUAUGGCCCUGGACCCGAUGGAGCUGCGCAUCGUGCAGAACUGUGGCACUGAGAAGGAGAGGAGAUACGCCCGAAAGAUAGAGCCCAUUCGGCGCAAGGGCAACUACUUGCUUUGCUCGCUGCUCCUGGGGAACGUGCUGGUCAACACCUCCCUCACCAUCCUUCUAGACAACCUCAUCGGGUCUGGCCUCAUGGCAGUGGCCUCCUCCACCAUUGGCAUUGUCAUCUUUGGGGAGAUCUUACCUCAGGCCCUAUGCUCCCGACAUGGACUGGCCGUGGGCGCCAACACUAUUGUUCUCACCAAAUUCUUUAUGCUGCUCACCUUCCCCUUGAGCUUCCCCAUUAGCAAACUCCUGGACUUUUUCUUGGGUCAGGAGAUUCGCACUGUUUACAAUCGGGAGAAGCUGAUGGAGAUGUUGAAGGUGACAGAGCCCUAUAAUGACCUCGUGAAAGAGGAGCUAAAUAUGAUCCAGGGUGCCCUGGAACUGCGGACCAAAACUGUGGAGGAUGUCAUGACCCAGCUGCACGACUGCUUCAUGAUCCGCAGCGAUGCCAUCCUAGACUUCAACACCAUGUCGGAGAUUAUGGAGAGUGGCUAUACUCGCAUUCCUGUGUUUGAAGAUGAGCAGUCUAACAUCGUAGAUAUACUUUACGUCAAAGACUUAGCCUUCGUGGAUCCUGAUGACUGUACCCCACUCAAGACCAUCACCCGCUUCUACAACCACCCGGUACACUUUGUGUUCCAUGACACCAAGCUGGAUGCUAUGCUGGAGGAGUUCAAGAAGGGGAAGUCCCAUUUGGCUAUUGUGCAAAAGGUGAACAAUGAGGGUGAAGGCGACCCCUUCUACGAGGUGCUGGGCCUGGUCACACUGGAGGAUGUCAUUGAAGAGAUCAUCAAGUCUGAGAUCCUGGACGAGUCAGACAUGUACACUGACAACCGAAGCCGGAAACGGGUGUCUAUGAAGAACAAGCGUGACUUCUCUGCCUUCAAGGACACUGACAACGAACUCAAAGUAAAAAUCUCACCUCAGCUCCUUUUGGCUGCUCAUCGUUUCUUGGCCACAGAGGUACCCCAGUUUAGCCCCUCUCUGAUCUCAGAGAAAAUCCUGCUGCGGCUGCUCAAGUACCCAGAUGUCAUUCAGGAACUCAGGUUUGAUGAGCACAACAAGUUCUCCAUACACCAUUACCUGUAUACCCGGAACAAGCCAGCUGACUACUUCAUCCUCAUUCUGCAAGGCAAGGUGGAGGUAGAGGCAGGCAAAGAGAACAUGAAGUUUGAGACUGGUGCCUUCUCGUACUAUGGGACCAUGGCCCUGUCCUCGAUACCCUCUGACCGCUCCCCAUCCCUCCCCACCCCACUCAGCCGCUCAGCCUCCCUCAGUUACCCGGACCGCAAUACAGACUUGGCGACCACAUCCUCCCUGGCAGGCAGUAGCAACCAGUUCAGCAGCUGCAUUCUAGGCCAGUACAUCUCUGACUUCAGUGUCCGGGCGCUUAUGGACUUGCAGUACAUUAAGAUCACAAGGCAGCAGUACCAGAAUGGGCUGCUGGCCUCCCGCAUGGAGAACAGCCCUCAGCUCCCCUUGGAAGGCUGUGCUACCUGCUCAGAGAAGUUUACAGAGAAGUCUGAGCUGCCUGUAGUGGAUGAGACCACGACUCUUCUCAAUGAGCGCAACUCCUUGCUACACAAAGCUUCCCAUGAGGGUGCCAUCUGACAGGAGGGCCCGGGGACCCCCACCUACCCUGUGGGGGCCUCCCCAGUGGGCCCACAUGAAGUCAGGAAGCCUGUUAGGCCAGAAGGGGUGCAGGUAGAUAUCCUGCAUGACUGAGCAGCCAGGCAGCCCCACCCUGGGGGGAAUCUGGCUGCAGAUGGGGACCUCUGAACAGCUCUGAUGUGGUGCCUGUCCCGCCCUGGUUCAGAAGGGCAGCAGGCCAGCUGGUGAGCAAAGGCUGUUUUUUGUUUUGUUUUGUUUUGUUUUUUUUACUGAGAAAAAUUUUAAGCUAGGCUCAUUGCUCCUCUCUGGGAAGGGAAGACAGGGUUAAGGAACUUAUGUAAAAAAAAAAA